CAAUUGACGUCCCCUCCCCAAAAAAGUUUGACGAUUUACUUGAAGCUCUUUGGACCGCCUAGUCACUGCAUCAUUUGGAGCGAUUUGCUCGAGGCUUUGUUCACUGCAUCUUUUGUAACCGUCGUUUCUUCUCGCGUGUCAAUAAAAGGACAAAAAGAAUACAAUGUGCCCUUCCAUCCCUUUCCUAUAAACUUCUUCAGGCAGUGCCACAAGCUCACCCAUCUCACAAAAAUGGCCUCGAUAAUUCCUCGACAAGUACCCAUCAAAACCAAAAAAAUCAGCAAGAAAAAGAAGAAAAUAUCAAAAAAGAAGACUACCUUCCCUCUUCCCAUCCUUCCCCAAGAUGUUAUCUUUUUUAACAUCUUCCUUCAUCUCCCUGCUCGCUUCCUUCUCCUUCUUCGUUCCCUUAGCCGCUCGUCUCUUCAGAUGAUAAAUAAUCCCCAUUUUGUCCGCAACCAUGCUGUUCUUAGUUCUGCCCAUCUCCUUUUCUUCGGCUUUAAUCACUAUAGUAAUUUGUCACCGACACUCUUUGGUCUCCAGAUCAAUCGCGGUCCUCGUUCACGCAACCGUAUCACUCUUCAUGAAAACUUCAAGUUGAGUGCUCCCUUUCUUAAUGUCAUCCUUGCCUCCUGUAAUGGCCUCCUGCUCUUAUCCUGUCAUAAGGCUCGAAGUGUCCUUAUAACCAAUCUGGUGACAAAGCAAUGUCGAUAUCUCCCACAACCCCUAAUUGGACACAUACUCUCCAGUCCGCUCAAUGGAUACUCUGGCCCAAUUUGGCAAUGCCUUUAUGGUCUUACUUUUGAUCCCUCUUCGAAUCGAUACAAGGUGGUUCACUUAUCGCUGGAUGGUGCGGGUUCGAUCUUGUGCCAGGUCCUCACCUUGGGAUCAUCAAAUUGCUAUUGGAGGCUGGUAAGCGUCCUCAGGCCUUCUCGUCCUGGUGCGAGCAUCAAUGUCAAUGAUCGGCCGGUAAGUAUCGGUCAAAUUUUAUACUGGGUUGAUGGGCAUUCUAGUACAUGGCAUACUACUACUGUGUUCGACCCUUCAGAGAACCAUAUAAUGUCUAUGGAUGUAGGCAGAGAGGAGUUUCGAAGGGUGAAGCCACCACCUUAUGUCAAGGACUUAUGCCGCCUCUUUGAGUUAGGUGGACAUUUAGCAUUGCUUAGUUUUGAUCAGGUUAUGGUUGAUAUUUGGGUUUUACAGGAUUAUGAGAGGGAGGCAUGGGUGAAGAAGCAUAGUACUAUAAAUAAGAGGUUAGUGAAGUACUUGGGGUUCCAUGGAUUUGCGAUGAACUUUGAGCUGAGUUGUUCCCUUCAUGAUGGGAUGUUAAUCAUCUUCAAGUCUAAGAACAGACUGUUUAAGUAUGAUCUUGAAGAUGAUAAUUUCGCAGAGGUGAAGACUCAUUAUGGUUAUCUAGGGCCGACUCCAAGAACUUCUACUAUAAGUAAUCCUUGUGCUCAUGUGGAUAGCCUAUUGUGGCCAUAAAAAAAGAAGUUUGAUUUCCUGUAAUAACAAGAGAAUCCAAUAAAAUAAAUGGUGAGAGUAAUAUUUCUACAAAUGCAUUCUAUUUGGUUGCCUUCUGCCUAUUGAAUGCCUUUUUAUCAAUGUAUAUCCUUUCAUGAAAGUCUAAAUUAA